AUGUGCAUCUUUGUGGUUUUCUGCCUAUUUGACAAAAGGGUAGACUCCAAUGAAAUUCUGGGCCUGAAGCUCCCCAACAUCGACCCGAUCCUCAACGCCAACACGGUGUGCCUGACUCUUCCGGGGUUGACCCGGCGCCAGCUGGAGGUAUGCAUGCGCAACCCGGACGUGACGGCCUCGGCCAUCCAGGGAAUCCAGAUUGCCAUCCACGAGUGCCAGCACCAGUUCCGGGGACACCGCUGGAACUGUUCCAGCCUGGAGACGCGGAACAAAAUUCCUUACGACAGCAUCGUUUUCAAAAGAGGUUUCCGAGAGAGCGCCUUUGCCUAUGCCAUCGCGGCAGCGGGCGUGGUGCACGCGGUGGCCAAUGCCUGCUCCAUGGGCAAACUGAAGGCCUGCAGCUGCGACGAGAAGCGGCGCGGCGACGAAGAGGCCUUUCGCAUCAAACUGCACCGCUUGCAACUGGAGGCCAUCCACCGAGGGAAGGGGAUGGUACACGGCGUCAUGGAGCACUUCCCCCCCGAGCUGCCGGGACCUCAAGACUCCUGGGAGUGGGGCGGCUGCAGUCCCGACGUGGAAUUCGGAGAAAAAUUCUCACGGGACUUCCUGGAUGCCCGUGAGACCUACAGGGACAUCCACGCCAGGAUGAGGCUUCACAACAACCGAGUUGGCAGACAGGUCGUACUGGAUCACAUGCGGAGGAAAUGCAAGUGUCACGGGACAUCGGGAAGCUGCCAGCUGAAGACCUGCUGGCAGGUCACUCCCGAAUUCCGGGUGGUCGGUUCCAUCCUCAAGGAGCGUUUCCACGUCGCCACCCUCAUCAAGGCGCACAACCGCAACACCGGGCAACUGGACCACUCCCACCACAACAACAACAACAACCACAACCAUCACAGCAACCACCACCACCAUCACCACCACCACCACCACGCGCACCGCAGAAGGCCCAGCAUUAACGACCUGGUCUACUUUGAAAAGUCACCCGAUUUCUGCGAGCGGGACCCGGGCUCGGACUCGGCGGGGACGCAGGGUCGCAUCUGCAACAAGACCAGUCCGGGCAUGGACAACUGCGAGAGUCUGUGCUGCGGGAGAGGCCACAACAUCCUGCAGCAGACGCGCAGUGAACGCUGCAACUGCAAGUUUCACUGGUGUUGCUACGUGGUGUGCGAAGAGUGCAGGAUAACCGAGUGGGUCAGCGUGUGCAAAUGAAGUAGCACGUGAAUUGCACCCUCAAGAAAACCCUGCAAAAAAUACCCUUUUCAAAUCCCCCUUUCGUAACAAGAAAGGGGGCUGCGACUGUUUCAUAUGCUCCCCCACUCCCUUGCACCGCCGGGCUCUGUCUUCUGUUCGACGGGCAAAAAUGUAUGAAGAGUGUGAAGAGUUCAGUCGGCAGAAAGAUUGAUUUGCAUGUCGGAAUAGCGUGCGCACAUGCAGUACGUGCCCAAAGCUGCCACAACUCUACGAGCGUUGGAUGUUUCGCAUUUCUUCCGAUACAAAGGAGCACACCUCUGUCAGGUAUCUGAAAGCUGUAAAUGCAAAUACUGUAGACAACAACAACAACACCAAAAGAAAAAGAAAAAAAAAAGCAUCGCUCUGCAGGUAAAAUAAUAUGAAUGUUCUAUGAAACAAAUGCUUCACAGACAGUAUUUUACAGCAUAGACACAAUGUAACAUAAUGUUUCUGCUAUUUACGUAGAGCAACAAAGACACGGGAAUUUGGUAGCGUACGUCCGGAGCCCCCAGAUGCCGGGCCCGGUUUCGUCAUCAAUGUCCCCUUUUUCUAUGUUUGUGGAUUAGACUAGGACUUGGUAAUUCUAGCAAUAACUAACACUCUGUUGGCCGUGCAAUGUAUAUCACAGCUAUAAAAGCUCACUGUCAAGCAAAUUAGACCAAAGCAGAAUGUACUGCUUCUAGAACGGGAGUGAAACUAAGACUCUUUUAAUAAUAAACGAGGAGCCAAUGUU